ACAGUCGCUCAGUCAUCCCUUCGCCCGCUAUCUUCAAAUUUAACACCUGCGAAACCCUAAUUGACCCCACCCGCCGGCUAUGGACGGAGCUCAGUUACUCGAUGAUGGAUUCCCGGCGGUGAGGCUCUUCAGCCAGGGAUACUCCUACACCUACGAUGACGUCAUCUUCCUCCCCCACUACAUCGACUUCCCCACCGACGCCGUCUCCCUCUCCACCAAGCUCAGCCGCCGCAUCGCCCUUGCCACCCCUUGCGUCGCCUCCCCCAUGGACACCGUAACCGAGUCCUCGAUGGCCGCUGCCAUGGCCUCGCUCGGCGCCAUCGGGAUCAUCCACUCCAACACCACCGCUUCCCACCAGGCCUCCUUGGUCCGCCGCGCGAAGUCGCACAAAAUCCCCUUCAGCCACGAGAUCGUCUACAAAUCCCCCUCCGACACGAUUCUAUCGAGUGACGAUUUCGCCGAUGCUCCCUGCCUAUUCGUCACGGAGGACGGGACCCGGAGCUCGAAGCUGUUAGGAACCGUGUCAAGAUCCGAUUGGAUCGAAAUUAUAGCCCCGGACCAAAGGGUUUCCGAGUACAUGAAGAAGUCAACAGUUUCUCUUCCAGCUGGGUACAGCUUCGAGGAUGUGGCGGGCUAUUUAGCAACAAACGAGCUGGAAUUUGUGCCGCUGGUUAGAAAUAACGGGGAGGAGGGAGAAGAAAUAGUGAAUGUAGUUUCGACUGGUGAUGUCGAGAGCAUUCGAGGUUUUCCGAAAUUGGGGCUGCCUUCUGUGGGGCCCGACGGAGAGUUUCUGGUAGGGGCGGCCAUAGGUACAAGGGAAACGGAUAAAGAGAGGUUGGAGCAUCUGGUCAAAGCUGGGGCGAAUGUGGUGGUUCUUGAUAGUUCUCAGGGAAAUUCUAUUUACCAGAUCGAGAUGAUCAAGUACGCGAAGAAGAUGUACCCGGAUUUGGAUGUUAUAGGUGGGAAUGUGGUGACUGCGUACCAGGCACAAAACUUGAUUCAGGCUGGGGUUGAUGGAUUGAGGGUAGGGAUGGGUUCGGGCUCCAUUUGUACAACUCAAGAAGUUUGUGCCGUUGGGCGAGGGCAGGCAACUGCUGUUUACAAGGUUGUAUCUGUUGCAGCUGAAAGCGGUGUGCCUGUGAUUGCGGAUGGUGGCAUCUCAAAUUCUGGCCACAUUGUCAAAGCUUUGACCCUGGGUGCUUCAACUGUAAUGAUGGGAAGCUUUUUAGCUGGAAGCCAUGAAGCUCCCGGAACUUAUGAAUAUAAUAAGCAUGGUCAGAGAGUGAAAAAGUAUCGAGGUAUGGGAUCCCUCGAGGCAAUGACGAAGGGGAGUGAUGCUCGUUACUUGGGCGAUAAAGCUAAGUUGAAGAUUGCUCAAGGGGUUGUUGGUUCUGUGGCUGAUAAAGGAUCAGUAUUAAACUUCAUCCCGUACACAAUGCAAGCUGUAAAGCAGGGAUUUCAAGAUCUUGGUGCUUCUUCCCUGCAGUCCGCUCACGAUCUCUUGAGAUCAGGCGUUCUAAGACUCGAGGUUAGGACUGGAGCAGCUCAAGUAGAAGGUGGAGUCCAUGGGUUGGUUUCGUACGAGAAGAAGUCCUUCUAAAAUCCACCUUAUUCAAUACAAUCUUUUUUAAAUAAGUCCCGAUUCAGAUGUAUUUUUGGAGAGAUAUGUUCCUGCCGAACUCAGCUCAACGUCCUAACAUGGUUUCCCUUUUGAACAUUUCUAAUUGAUUUGUAUGAAUGACUAUCAAAGAUUGCAGAAUUCAGACUUAGACAGACUGAAGAAGAUUGUGGUAUCAUUAUGUUUGUUUGUUUGGCAUUUAUGCGAUGAAUAUUCAUCUUUUCGCAUUCUAAUGAUUAAUUGAUUGUAAUCAAUUAAUCGAAUGUACCCUUCCGCAUUCGAAACCAUAAUGGCCAAUAUUAUAUUACUACAAA